ACCUGGGGGGCAGCCUGGCAGCGUCCCAUUGCACUGAGUACUCACUGGAGGAGGUCCUCACGGCCACCAAUGACUGGUCUCAGGACCACCAGCUGGGCUCGGGUGCCUUUGGCGACGUGUACAAGGGCGUGUCUCCCCGUGAUGGCACCACAGUGUGGGCUGUGAAGCGCGCCAAGCUCAUAGACGUGGACUUCCAGAAGGAGAUCAAGCAAAUGGCCGACAAGAACCACCCCAACAUUGUGAGGCUUCUUGGCUUUGCAAUCGGAGGAGACCUAAGGACGCGGCCAGAGCAAGUACUCAUCUAUGAAUACGUUCCCAAUGGCGACCUUCACAAAUGGAUUGAUCCAAAGGAAGCCAGCCCUCUGACUCUGAAGCAGCGGCUGGACAUUCUCAUCGGCAUGGCACGUGGCUUUGAGUAUCUCCACGGCUUUGGGAUUGUGCAUCGCGACAUCAAGCCUGCCAACGUCCUCAUCACCGAAAACAUGCAGGCCAAGAUUGCAGACUUUGGGCUGGUUAGGAUGGGAGAGGGCACGACCGUGGGAACGACACGCAUUAUGGGCACACCAGGCUAUGUGGAUCCUAUCUACUCCCGAACGUCCAAGGCGACUGCAGCCAGUGAUGUGUACAGCUUUGGAGUACUCAUGUUGGUGGUGCUCACCGGACAGGCCCCUAUUUCAGAGACUGCGGGCAAGAGCCAGCAAAUUACCCCAUGGGCAUCUGAGUGCCUGUCCUCGGGUGAGUUGGGGAGCCUCAAGGACCCCAAUCUAGAUGCCCCUGCGGAUGCUGUGCUGCGUGUGGCUCAGCUCGCCCUCUCCUGCACCGGAGAGCGCACUGCAGGGCGCCCAAGCAUGGCACAAAUCGCCAACGAGCUGCAGGCUAUCCGGGAUGAAGUGGUGGGGAAGGAGGAGCUUAGCGCGGCUGUGAAGGUGGAUAAUCAGGUUCAGGAGAUGAAGGACGCUUUCUCGGGUAUCGAGAGCCUCGACGCAGAAAUCCAGAUGAUUGGGGACAGCUUUGCUGAGGAAAAUCCCGUGUGA